GAGGAGAAGGAGGAGGUGGAGGAGAAGCUGCUGCCGCCACUGCUGCUGUGUCCGCCUGCUCUGCUGAGGGGGAAUUUCGCUUAGCAAUCAAGGCUCGAGGACCCAUCUCCCUGGUAGAAGGAGAAAACCAACUGUGGUUGCCAACUUACGCCCACGCGGCUUGAGUCCCCCAAGGUCCCAAAAGUACUUGAUUUCCAGACCACACUCCUAUCUGCUGUCUCUUGCCACAGCCAUCAUGCCCAGGGGACAAAAGAGUAAGGCCCGUGCUCGUGAGAAGCGUCGCCUGGUCCAGGAUGAGGCCCAGGAGCUCCAGGAUGCUCAAGCCAAGGCAGGAGAGAAAGGAAAGUCCCCCUCCUGCUCUAAUCAGGAUUCUGGAGAUGCUGUUGCAAGCACCUCUACUGCUGGCUUCCCUCAAAAGUCUAAAUCUCAAGGUGAGGCACCCACCACCACUGCUAGGAAAGGUGGUGCCUGCAGAAGAUCUCGUAAAAGUACCAGAGGUCCAAGGGAGGAAAGUACCAGUUGCACUAGGGUCCCCCGCUUCAGUGAGAAUCCACAGAAUGAUCUUCUAACAAGGAAGACAGGAAUGCUGAUGCAGUACCUGCUCUGCAAGUACAAAAUGAAACAGCCAGCAUCUAAGGGAGAAAUGCUCAAAGUGAUCAACAGAAGGUUCAAGGAGCAGUUGCCUGAGAUCCUCAAGAAAGCCUCUGAGCGCAUUCAGCUAGUUUUUGGUCUUGAGGUGAAAGAAAUUAAGCCCAAUGGUGGCUACUACACCCUUGUUAGCAAGUUAGAUCCCAGUGUCGGUAAUGCUCUGACCACUAGCCUGCCAUUUCCCCAGAACGGGCUUUUGAUGCCUCUUCUGGGUGUGAUCUUCUUAAAUGGCAACCGUGCCUCUGAGGCAGAGAUCUGGGAAUUCCUUAAUGUCUUGGGAAUUUAUGAUGGGAAGGUGCACAUAAUCUUUGGGGAGCCCCGGAAGCUCAUCACCAGAGAUCUGGUUAAGGAAAAGUACCUGGUAUACCAAAAGGAGGCCAACAGUGAUCCCCCAUCCUUUGAGUUCCUUUGGGGUCCCCGAGCCUAUGCUGAAACUACCAAGAUGAAAAUCCUGGAGUUUUUAGCCGAGGUCAAUGAGACCGUUCCUCAGGCCUUCCCAACCCAUUAUGAGGAGGCUUUGAGAGAUCAGGAAGAGAGAGCCCAAGCCGAAGCUGUAGGCAGUCCUGGCACUAGUGCCAAAGAUAAGGCAGAGGCUAAAGUCACACUGGUUGACUCCUCUUGCAAAUAUCAGGCUGAGUCUAAAGUCACACUAGUGGACUCUUCUUGUAAAGAUCAGGCUGAGUCUAAAGUCACACUUGUUGACCCCUCUUGCAAAGAUAAUGCCAAGUCUAAGGUCACACUUGGCUCCUCUCGCAAAUACAAGGCCAAGUCUAAAGUCCCACUGGUUGACUCCUCUUGCAAAGAUCAGGCUGAGUCUAAAGUCACACUUGUGGACUCUUGCAAAGAUCAGGCUGAGUCUAAAGUCACACUAGUGGACUCUUCUUGUAAAGAUCAGGCUGAGUCUAAAGUCACACUAGUGGACUCUUCUUGUAAAGAUCAGGCUGAGUCUAAAGUCACACUUGUUGACCCCUCUUGCAAAGAUAAGGCCAAGUCUAAGGUCACACUUGGCUCCUCUCACAAAUACAAGGCCAAGUCUAAAGUCACACUGGUUGACUCCUCUUGCAAAGAUCAGGCUGAGUCUAAAGUCACACUAGUGGACUCUUCUUGUAAAGAUCAGGCUGAGUCUAAAGUCACACUUGUUGACCCCUCUUGCAAAGAUAAUGCCAAGUCUAAGGUCACACUUGGCUCCUCUCGCAAAUACAAGGCCAAGUCUAAAGUCCCACUGGUUGACUCCUCUGGAAAAGAUAAGGCAGUCUAAAGUCGUACCUGACUCCUCUUGCUCCUGCAGAGAUGAGAGGCAGAUAUGUCUUUAGGUUUAGAACAGGGUUUUUCACCUUAAAAGUAGUGAGAGGUUGAUAGUUCAUAAUACACAUCUUAUUGUGCUUUAGUUUAUACCUUAGUCUUUUUAAGUGUUUCUCUUUUCUUAGAAUCCUUAUAUAGGUUCAGGACUCACAGGUAUAAAUUACCUAUAUCAGUUAUUGCUGUAAGAUUUUAAGUAUAAGAAUUUUGGUAUUCUGUAUUACACUGUUAAAACCCUGGAAUCUUUAAGUUGAUGAGCAAGCACCCAUUACUUUGUAACGAAAGGAGCAUUUCUUUGAAACAUGUGAGAGAGUAAUUUGUUUCUUAAGAUAGACGAAAACAAAGAGAAAUGUGUAAACCGUCAUUUUCCCUUAUUCACUGUGUUUUUAUUUCACUUUUUGGUAAAGUUUGAAGACAUGUACUCAGUUGUUGUUAACUGAAUAAAAUUGCAAAC